AUAUAAAAGAACAACUACUAACAACGUUCUAAUAUAUAUGAAAUAUGUCUAAGGUUAAAUUAAUACUUAGUAUUGAAAAAGCUUUUAACUGUGAGUGUGUUGGCAAUAGUUGUAGUGAAAAAAUGCCGAACGAACAGAGCUUCAUCUGGAUUUAUAAGCUCAAAUGUUAUUCAAUAGGUUAAACAAUUUAAGAUAGUAUCAAUAGUUUACGAAAUAUAUCAUAUAUGAUAUCUAGCUGGCCGGAAACAUGUUUGCUCAUAUAUCCAUUUCUUUCAUUAGACUUGUUAUCGGAGUACACGUGUUUUGGCUUUUUGCUGAAUCGUCUAACAUUGAAAUUGGAAAGUUUAGAACGUAUAAAAACCUGAAAAUAAAUUCGUCUUUUAGUUUCACAGAAGUACACAGUGAUAGGUCUCACAUGGAAUGUAGUCGGCGGCUACUCAGUAAAGAUGACAUCUGUGUCGCAAGUUUUAAUAUUGUUACAGGCGCGUGCUUGUUGUAUACAUCAGGUUGCUCUCCGUCGUUUGAGGUGUCAAGUUCAGGAACAUGGUUAAUACGCAGAGAUUUGUCAGGUUAUAUAUAUGACAACGAAGACUGUUCCUACUACAAGAAUAACAAGGAUCCUAGUGGUAUCUAUAAAAUACAGCCAGAAGGAGUUAGUACUGGUAUGAUGGUAUACUGUGAUAUGGAUACCGGUAGUGGUGGCUGGAUAGUAAUUCAAAAUAGAUUCGACGGCUCUGUUGAUUUUUACGAGACAUGGAACAAGUAUAAAAACGGAUUUGGGAGUUUAACAGGAGAAUUCUGGUUAGGGAAUGACAACCUCCACACUUUAACUUAUUUGAAUAAGUAUAUGUUACGUGUAGACCUAACAGAUUACUCGGGUAACCAGAGAUAUGCUGAGUACUACAUCUUUAGAGUAUCAGCCGAGGCAGACAAAUAUAGACUGAUCAUAGGAGAGUAUUAUGGCGAUGCUGGAGAUGGUAUGUCCUAUAAUAACAACCAAGUAUUUCACACAAAAGACCAAGAUUCUACUGUAGGAUUUAAUGGAAGAGUAUGCUCCCUGGACAGAUAUGCAGGCUUUUGGUUUGAUAGGUGUACCUGGGCCAAUCCGAAUGGACGCUGGCUUCCGGGCGUAGCAGAUUGGGAUUCCAAUCACUGGUACCAAUGGCAAAAAGAAGUAGGCUUGUCUAAAAUUUCAAUGAAAAUCCGACGGAAAUGAUGUUACAGAAAAUAGAGAAUGU